AUGCGGCCAUCAAUGCGCGUUCCUCUGCGAGAGGCGAAAUUUAUCUGCUCCAGCUGUAGGCCUGUGCCUACUCCUCGUGUCUCGCCACUCGGUCAAUUUCGCCAAUAUGCCUCCGACUCCCCCGGACUCCUCGAGCGCACUCGGCGCAAGCUCUGGGGCACUGACUCGCCUCCCGGUCAAGCGGAUCCCUACAGUGGAAAAGCCGAGAUCGACAACCUCAACUGGGAAGAGCUGCCCACCGUUGGUUAUCUGCCGCAAAACGAAUGGAAGAUCAAGGGCCCUCAAAAGUCCGAUCAGGUCGAAGCGUGGUACACCAACAAUCAACCUCUUACACACUCACAGGCCGUGCAUCAUGCCGCUGUUCAGGUUGCUCUCGCUCAUCUCGCCGGCAAGGAUUUCCAUACACUUUCAGGAAUUGACCUGACCGCAUUCAGUCGCGGUAUUCAGCAGUGCAGGUUUGAAGGCGAGGCUGGAAACUGGGGCGACAGACUUCGAUUCCCUAGUGCCAAUGUCAUGGAUAUUCUCAUCCGUGAAGUCGCGGGAUCAAACGUUGCCAAACCCCGUGUGAACUCCAUCCUUUCAGCAUUGAGCGAAGCUGGCGACAACCACCCUGCUGUGUACAAGUCAGACUCCAAUACCAAAGUGCAGAAUACGAUCGAUUCACUAUCACUCGCUGAUGGGCGGAUCAAGUUUGCUUUGGUCUCCCUCAUCUCCAAGUUGACUUCCCAGCGUGUCUCCGAUUCUGUCGUCUCUUCUUCCACCGUGGGAGAAGUCAAGUCCACAUACAAAGAGCUUCUUAAGAAGACGGCUCGAUCAAACCCUGUAAUUCUCCACCAGGCAAUGGACAAGAAGGGCGCUGCGGAAUUGGCAAACAUCAAGAUUUUCGACGUCCGCCAAACUCGCCAUGACAGCGACGAGGCUUCUGGUCGCAAGAAAGCCAUUGUUUCUGCUCUUUACACCAAUGGCCUAAUUAACCGAGCUCUUGUUCCCAAGAAGCCAAAGGACAAGUGGCUCAAGCAGAGCACCGAAGCCAAAAACAUCAAAAAGUCUCUUGCUUCGCUCUGA